AUCUUGCUCAACCUCCAUUGACACUCGCCUCUGCUACUCUUGAGACUAAUUUCGUGUACAUACGUCAUCGAAGGUCACAAUCAGGCGUUCCAGGAAAUUCGCUCAGUUGGAAGGAACGAUGCACAGUUUCAUCGCGGUCUUCAUACCAUCAACAUCUAGUGAAAGAAUUUGCAAGAGUGGGCGUACCUUGGAAACAAGAUUAAAAUGUACGACUGGAGCGUUGUUUGCAGCGUUUUGCUGGUCAUUGUCGCAGUUUAUUAUUGGUUCAUCCGUCGUAAUUAUCAUGAAAAACGUGACAUAAUACACGAAAAGCCAUAUCCAUUUUUUGGCAAUAGUCUGCCCAUUUUACUCUGGACAAAGUCAUUCGCCGAAUGGGUCCAGGAUAUUUACCAUUUGCACAAGGAAGCAAAGUACGUCGGAUUUUAUGAUUUCAAUGAUCCUGUCAUCAUGAUUCGUGAUCCAGAGCUCAUAAAAAAUAUCACAAUCAAAAGCUUUGAUCACUUCGUGGAUCAUCGAUCUUUUACCGAAUCCGAUCAAGAGCCUCUUUUCUCCAAAAAUUUAUUCGCUCUGCGUGGAGCCAAGUGGCGAGAAGUUAGAACACUUUUGACUCCUGCCUUCACAUCUAGUAAAAUGAAAGCAAUGUUCAAGUUGAUGUCCAGCUGUGGGGAGAAUUUUGCAAAUUAUCUGGCAGAAAAUGCGGCAAAGGAAUCAACCAUAAACUCCAAGGAUGCAUUCACCAAAUAUACUAGCGAUGUCAUUGCCACGUGUGCUUUUGGUGUAGCUGUGGAUAGCAUGAGAAAUCCAAACAAUGAUUUCUACAUUCUGGGUAAAAAAGCUACCAAUUUCGAAGGUGUUGAUAAGUUUUUUAAAUUUUUCGUCAUCAGAGUCAGUUCAACACUAGCUAAGUACUUGGGUGUGAGAAUCACUGAUAGCAAAGUCGAAGCAUUUUUCAAUGAACUUGUGAGGAAUACUAUUGAAACAAGAGACAGAGAGGGAAUUACACGACCAGAUAUGAUUCAACUGAUGAUGGAAACACGAAAUAAUAAACCAGGGACAGGGCCCACUCUAACAAUUCAGGAUAUGGUGUGCCAGGCUUUUAUUUUCUUCUUUGGUGGAUUUGAUUCAACAUCUUCAGGGAUGUGCUUCGUUGCUCAUUUGAUUGCAACUCAUCCAGAUGUACAGAAAAAAUUACAAGAAGAAGUGGAUAAUGUAUGUGAGCAGUGCGAAGAAUCAGUUACUUACGAUGCAAUUAAUAAUAUGAAGUUCUUGGAUGCUGUUAUUAAUGAGUCUCUGAGGCUGUAUCCAGUUCAACCAGCUAUGGAUAGGCUCUGCACGAAGAGUUUCGAGUUGCCACCUGCUUUACCAGGCAAAGAACCAGUUAAAUUGGAACCUGGUGAUAUCCUGUUUUUGCCAUAUUAUGCACUGCAUAGAGAUCCUAAUUAUUUUCCAAAUCCAAAUGAUUUUCGUCCGGAACGUUUCAUUGAGGAUCCAAAAAUGACGCUUCAUUCACCCGCAUACCUGCCGUUUGGAGCUGGUCCGAGAAUGUGCAUUGGAAAUCGAUUUGCUCUUUUGGAGAUCAAAGUAUUGAUAUUCCACUUAAUUGCCAAAUGUACACUGAAACCGGGGAAGAACAUGAUUCUACCUUUGGAGUUGACCAAAACCAAUUUAGCCAUGAGUGCCAAAGGUGGAUUUUGGUUGGAACUUGAACCUCGUCAUAAAUAUCUAUCCAACAUCGAGUUCCUGAGGAACACCAUCAAAAUGGAUAAUUGGACCGUGGUUUGGAGUAUUUUACUAAUCAUUGUUUCUAUCUAUUACUGGUUAAGCCGUCGUAGUUACUUUGAUAAACAUGGCGUAAUACAUGAGAAAUCUCUUCCUUUUGUUGGCAAUAGCCUGCCAAUUCUACUCCGAAAAAAAUCAUUUGCAGAAUAUAUACAGGACAUUUACAAUUUGAGCAGCGAAGCAAAGUACGUCGGUUUUUACGAGUUCAAUGAUCGUGUAAUCCUCAUACGUGAUCCGGAACUUAUAAGGACUGUUGCCAUCAGAAACUUCGAUCACUUUAUGAAUCACCGAUAUGUUAGUGUCUCGGACCUCGACCGUCUGUUCUCCCAAAAUUUAUUCACUCUUCGUGGGCAGGAAUGGCGAGAAAUGAGAAAUCUUUUGACACCUGCUUUCUCAUCUAGUAAACUGAAAAUUAUGUUAAAAAUGAUGUCCGACUGUGCGGCGAAUUUUACAAAUUAUGUGAUGGAGCACGUGGAAAAGGAAUCUGGCAUCAAUUCCAAAGAUGCGUUCACCAAAUAUACUGCUGACGUCAUCGCCACCUGUGCCUUUGGUGUGGCUGUUGAUAGUAUGAAGAAUCCGACCAAUGAUUUCUACGUUCUAGCUUUACAAGCGACUAAAUUCGGGGGAUUUUUUCACCUCUUAAAAUUCUUGCUCAUACGAAUGACCCCAAGACUCGCAAAAUUUCUCGGAAUUAGACUCACUAAUAGCAAAGUCGAGGCGUUCUUCAAUGACCUCGUGAAGAAUACUGUUGAAACGAGAGACAGAGAAGGAAUAAAAAGGCCAGAUAUGAUUCAGCUGAUGAUGGAAAGCCGAAAUAGUGAAACAGGAAAAGGACCAGCGCUGACAAUUCAGGAUAUGGUGUGUCAGGUUUUUAUUUUUAUCCUCGGUGGACUUGAUUCAUCAUCAACGGCGAUGUGCUUUAUUGCUCAUCUGAUCUCUACUCAUCCAGACGUACAGAAGAAAUUGCAAGACGAAGUGGAUGAUGUGUAUGAGCAGUGUGGAGAAUCUAUUACGUACGAGGCUAUCAACAAUAUGAAGUUUUUGGAUGCUGUUAUUAAUGAAUCUCUGAGGCUGUACCCAGUUCAAACAGCUAUGGAUAGGGUUUGCACCAGGAGUUUCGAGUUACCACCGGCUUUACCGGGCAAAGAACCGCUUAGAUUGGAACCUGGUGAUGUCCUCUUUUUGCCAUUUUAUGCACUGCACAGAGAUCCUAAUUAUUUUCCAAAUCCGAAUGAUUUUCUUCCGGAACGUUUCAUGGAGGAUCCAAAGGGCACACUUCAUUCAUCCACAUAUCUGCCAUUUGGAAUUGGCCCGAGGAUAUGCAUUGGUAAUCGAUUUGCUCUUUUGGAGAUCAAAGUGUUAAUAUAUCACUUGAUUUGCAAAUGCACGCUGAAACCGGGAAAGAAUAUGAUUUUGCCUUUGGAAUUGAGUAAGGAUAAUAUAAAUAUCACGGCAAAAGGUGGAUUCUGGUUGGAAGUGCAGCCUCGGAGCAAGUGAAAUCCAGAGUUACCGACCUGAAGGUUAAAUACCAAAGAUGAAUUCAGUGAACCAUUUCAUCAUAAUGAAAUAUUCUCUUUUUUGGAAAUUUGAACAUUUCAAAUAAUUUAACGUUUGUACUUAAAAUAUUGUUUCAUUUUUCAAUUCAUCUUUUAUACCGUUCGCCAUGUAAACUAUUCCAAAAAUUUAUAUCAGUCGAUUGCUACUCGUCGAUAAAAGUAACGUGGAAAUCAAUUUGAACGUUUGUCAUCGUUAUUGGUAAAUUUAGCCAAGGACAAGGAAGGAGAAGGAAAUUCUAAUAAUUUCGAAGUAGAGGAUAAACUGGAUUUAAUCCAUAUUUACCAUUGUCAAGGCUUUGAUGUAUAUUUUGAAUGCUAAGAGAGAAAAUAACUGUCAUCAAUUUUUUAAAUAAAAAAAGUAAUGAAAAGAA